AUGUCUCAGUAUAACCUUGGAGGCGUUGUGUUCCCAGGAGGACACACCGCAAGUGAACUGUCAGACCCCUGGAGGAGUAAUGCCCCUUCUACGUCAUCUGAAGCAGGACCAGCUGCCCCUGCAGAUGAACCCCAUACUAGCAGCACACCCAAGGCGUCGGGAGUAGUCAGAAACCCGUCGCCCACUGCCCUGCCAGAAUUCACAACACCUCAGACCUGGGAAUGGCAGGGGAUUCCUUACGCAACAAUUGAGGAAGCCGCAGACGCCGCCGCACCCAACACCAUCCCAAACGAUGUCAAGGAAUGGACAAUGAACGUGGUGCGAGCGUUUAUCAUGAGAGACGUUCGCAUGGUGGCCUCAUUAGAAGAAGAAAUCCUGGCCCGCAUCCACGUCGAAAUAAUGGUGGUGGAAACUCGAGACCAGCUAAAAAUCGCAAGAGCCCAGAUCGGCACCCUCUCCGCUGACAACGAAUGGCUCAUCAAGUCGAACAACAGUCUGACACUCGAAGCCCAAGCAAUCCACAAGGACUUCGAAGACUAUAAGGAUGAAGUAAAGGGUCAGAUGGAUGCCCUUUACGGCAACAUGGUCGCCCUGAAGGAGGCUCAGGAAAAGACCACUACCUAUAUCGUUGGCUUGGAGUCUCGACUCAAUAAUGCCAUUAUCAAUGCACCUUCACAAGGUAUCCAACCACCGGCCAACCAAUCCAGUCAAUCGCCCCAUCGAAUCAAGCUCCCAGACCCUCCCAAGUAUUCAGGGAGAAAAUCGUCAGAAAACUUCGAGACCUGGUUCACCAACCUUCUAAUAUGGCUCGAUUACAAUCAUUUCACCGAUGACAAGGACAAAAUUCGGCAGGCCAACGCACAUCUAGAAGGCGGAGCAGCUCUAUACAUGAAGGAGUAUGCAAUCAAGCUCGCCUCCAGACAAGAUGUCGGCACAUGGGCCGAAUAUACCAGAAAACUGGAGAUGGCAUACAAGACGCUUGACCCCAAGCACACGGCACAAUCUUUGCUAGAUGCACACUGCGCGAUUUGCCACAAGACAAUGAUCGCCUUCGCAGAGAACUUCAGGGCUUACGCCCCUGAAUCAGGAUACUCUGACGAAGAUCUAAUCGUCAAAAUCAGGGAACAACGGUCGACUCACAUUCAGACGGUCAUGUCAGUAACGGAGACUCUGAACCCAUCCAAGAUUCCAACCACAUGGAUGGAUUAUUUAGAAUUCUGCUUGGAGAUAGAAAUCAAACACCUUCAGCAGAUAUCGGGUAACAAGUCUACUGGACAGACCACGGCAAAUAAGGUGGCUACCCCCAAGGACCCUAAUGCAAUGGACACUAGCACACGAAUCACACAUGAACUAUCCCUGGAACAGGACAGAUGGCUGGCAAACAAACUAUCACUGGAACAAGGAAUUGCUGCACUUCGUGGGAUGAGCACAACGUCAACUACACCACCGUCCAGUAAAGGCAAGGGCAAGGCAAAGACGCACAGUGUGGACACGGAGUCAACUAUAUCGGCAUUAACGGUCAAGGACACCAAUGCGAGAAUCGUCGAGAUAGACGAUUUCUCAGAGGAUUUUCAGUACGAAGUGUAG